AGCAUGACGCUGAUCCUGUGGGUUCCUCUGAUCGUGACCUGUAUUGUCCAGCUGGUUUUCUCAGCGCGGUGUUUCUCUGUGUGUGUAUCUUUCCUGGGUCUACCCUGCCUCCCUCACAAGAUCAGGCUCAGGGACCACGGUAGAACGAUGAACACAGUAGUACCCGCAGAGCCGCCCUCUCUCACUAGCUCAGUACCCGGUCCUCCCCAUCAUCUACACCUUCUUCAGUCGGUCCCGUCUCAUCUCAAGUCCCAGCGGCAGCCUCUUCCUCCUCCUCCUCCUCCUCUUCAUCACUCGAACCCGUCUCAUCUCAAGUCCCAGCAGCAGCCUCUUCCUCCUCCUCCUCCUCGUCUUCAUCACUCAAACCCGUCUCAUCUCAAGUCCCAGCGGCAGCCUCUUCCUCCUCCUCCUCCUCCUCUUCGUCACUCGGACCCGUCUCAUCUCAAGUCCCAGCGGCAUCCUCUUCGUCCUCCUCUUCAUCACUCGUACCCCUCUCAUCUCAAGUUCCAGCGGCAGCCUCUUCGUCCUCAGCAUCAGAAUCAGAGAGGAAGGUCAGACAGGUGGUCUGACGGGGGACAGCUGGUACCCCCAGAGGGACAUGAGCUGCUGGAACAAGGUUCCCAGCAGAGAUCCAGCUUCUGGAUAUAAUGAUGAUGACGAUGGACACCCAGAUACCGCUCCAUACCCCGUCUAUAUAAUCCCUAACCCAGAUACGGCUCCAUACCCCGUCUAUAUAAUCCCUAACCCAGAUGACUGCUCCAUACCCGGUCUAUAUAAUCCCUAACCCAUAUAUGGCUCCAUACCCCGUCUAUAUAAUCCCUAACCCAGUACGGCUCCAUACCCCGUCUAUAUAAUCCCUAACCCAUAUAUGGCUCCAUACCCCGUCUAUAUAAUCCCUAACCCAGAUACGGCUCCAUACCCCGUCUAUAUAACCCCUAACCCAGAUACGGCUCCAUACCCGUCUAUAUAAUCCCUAACCCAGAUACCGCUCCAUACCCCGUCUAUAUAAUCCCUAACCCAGAUACGGCUCCAUACCCCGUCUAUAUAAUCCCUAACCCAGAUACGGCUCCAUUCCCAUCAUAUAAUCCCUAACCCAGAUACGUCUCCAUACC